AUGGAAGUCAGGCAUGACUGGCUCUCCUCAUCCCCCCAUGAGGGCUUCGAGCAGAUGAGGCUGAAGAGCAGACCCAGGGAGCCUUCCCCAAGCCUCACCAGAGUAGGUGCAAACUUCUACAGCACUGUCAAGCAGCAGGACUACAGUGCCAGUGUCUGGCUGAGGAGGAAAGACAAACUGGAGCAUUCCCAGCAAAGAUGCAUUGUGAUCUUUGCACUGGUAUGCUGCUUUGCAAUUCUGGUUGCACUGAUAUUUUCGGCAGUGGAUAUUGUGGGAGAAGAUGAGGAUGGACUCUCAGAAAAGAACUGUCAAAAUAACUGUCGGGUUGCUCUUGUGGAAAAUAUUCCUGAAGGGAUCAACUAUUCAGACAGUGCACCAUCCCAUUUGUCUCUUUUCCAAGGCUGGAUGAAUUUACUUAAUAUGGCUGAAAAGUCUGUUGACAUAGUAUCUUCCCAGUGGGACCUCAAUCACAGUCAUCCAUCAGCAUGCCAGGGUCAGCGUCUUUUUGAAAAACUGCUGGAACUGGCAUCCCAAAAUAUUGAGAUAAAACUAGUGAGUGAUAUACUGCCCAUGGAAUCAAAGGUAUUGAACGACUUGAAAACAAAGGGUGCUGAAGUGUUGUAUAUGAACAUGUCAGCAUAUAACGAAGGUCGGCUUCAGUCAUCUUUCUGGAUUGUUGAUAAACAGCACGUGUACAUUGGAAGUGCCAGCCUAGACUGGAGGUCACUGGGACAGAUGAAGGAACUUGGCAUCAUCGUUUACAACUGUAGCUGCCUGGUCCUGGAUUUACAAAGGAUAUUUGCCCUGUAUAGCUCAUUAAGAUACAAAAACAAAAUACCUCCAAGUUGGUCUAAGAGACUCUACGGCGUGUACGAUACUCAAAAUAAACUGACACUGCAGCUGAAUGAGACAAAAUCAGAAGCUUUUGUGUCGAAUUCACCUAAACUCUUCUGCCCAAAGGACCGAGUCCUGGAUAUUGAAGCUAUAUACAGUGUUAUCGAUGAUGCCAAACAGUUUGUAUACAUUGCUGUCAUGGACUACCUGCCCAUCGUCAUUGACACCCAUGCUAAACGGUACUGGCCAUAUUUAGAUGGGAAGAUAAGAGAAGCAUUAGUUUUACGAAGUAUUAAAGUACGACUUCUCAUAAGUUUCUCAAGAGAUACAGAUCCCCUUACUUUUAACUUUGUCUCAUCUCUGAAAGCUAUUUGCACUGAAGUUCCAACCUGUAGUUUGAAAGUUAAAUUCUUUGACCUUGAGGAAGAGAGUGCAUGCUUUCUCAAAGAACAGAAGAACACCUCCCUUCCCAAAUUAAAUCGUAAUAAAUACAUGGUGACUGAUGGAGCUGCAUACAUUGGUAAUUUUGAUUGGGUAGGAAAUGCUUUUACGCAGAAUGCUGGAGCGGGCCUUGUUAUCAACCAAGCAGACGCGGGGAACAGCACAAGCAUCAUUAAGCAACUCAAGGCUGUUUUUGAAAGGGACUGGCAUUCACCUUAUGCCAAAAGUUUACAACCAACAAAAAUCCCAAACUGCUUUAAUCACAAACCUAAUAAAGCAACAUCAAAUAAGACUGCCAUGAGCAAUGUGAAUUAGGAAGACUACUUGACUGUUUAGUAUGGCGAUGAAGAGUCAUGUUGGGAUGUAGCCCUCUUUCUUAUUUACAGACAAAAGACUUAAAGAAAA